AUGGCUUCGUUCUAUUCCACUCAGUCAUAUGCGAUUAAUGACUUAAGAUCAUUUGAACCCCUCCCCGAUGCCCUUCGUCCCAUGUCCCUCGUAAUGAGGGUGCUCUGUUUUUUGGCACUUGGACGCCCAAAUCUUGAUGAUCAUUGGAAGUCGCUGCAAUCAGACCAAGCCUUCGAAACCGUUAGGAGUAGGUUGUGCUCCAUCCUGACCAGCACUAUCACCACCGCAAGUGUCCUCCUUGCUAUAAGCGGUGUUUUCGUCAGCACGGCCUCUCCUGUGGAGUACUUCGACUACACGUCGCCCGUUCCCUAUUGUCUGCUCUUUAUAUCGCUCAUGUUCUCCAUGAUCGCGAUGUUGACGUCUGGCUCGAGCAUGAUACGUUGGCUGCACGCCGAUUGGCACUGGACUCAAGAACAACUCAAGCAAGGCGACUACUUCGUUUUGUCGUAUCUGUUGUCGAUAGUCACGCCUAUAGUCUUCAUUGUCUGCUCCCUCAAUUGUUUCAUAUUUGUGAUGUUGAUAGCGGGCUUUUCUUCUCAAAGCAUGAUCUGCCGCGCCGUCACUGCACUCUGGCUGGUCGCAUACGCUGUCAAUGUUGGGACAAUUUUGAUGGAAGCUAUGUGGAAAUAUGCGACAAGCCUCAAUCACGCUGGUUAA